AUGUCCAGCAGAGCAGGUGGCCUCUACGGAGGCAUCCAGUUCUCCUCUGGCAAAGCCUUUGCGUCCCCUGCCGCUCCUCCAGAUCUCCCCCACAAUGUCCCCAAACCUCCUCCUCUACCAGAGCCCAUCGUGUCUGCAGCAUUGCCCGACUCCCAGCCGACGCCGACGCCCGCGCAGAACGCGACCGCAAGCACUGCCGAUGCAGCUGCCUCAGUGAAGGCUACAGCCGGGUGGUCCGCCAGCCUCGCCUUCGCACCCGUCCGCCGCAACCCAGCACAAAAGGUCAAGGCGCCCGCCGCCCGCCUGCCGGUCGGUGCAGCGGUCACCACUGCCGCUGCCGCACUGUCGUCGGCGGCGACCAUCUCGAGCACCGCGGUCGUAUUCGCGCCGCCGGCACUGGUAGAUCCUGCCAAGCAGGACGAGCCAAAGCCGCAGGCGCAAGGCCAGGGGUGGGGCAAGAAGGUCAAGCCGCCGUCUAUGGUCCUCGACGAGGAUAUCAACGGGUUCAAGGCCCAGCGAGGGGAACGUCGCGGCGGUGGAGGAAAAAAGAAGGGAAAAAAAAACAAGAACGCACCUGUCAUAGCGGUUUGGGACCCUACGGAAUCGUAUGAUCCCUUGCGCCCCAAUGAUUACAACGAGUACAAGAUUUUCAAGCGCAAGGAGAAAGAAGAGCGGAGAGAGCGGGAGAUCGCUGAAAAACGUCGUGCAGAAGAACGCAAGAGGACUCGUCGCAGCAGCAGUUACUCGGAUGCUUAUACCAGUCCUUCAGAGGACGAGCGUCCGCGCAAGACCGGCCGAUACGACAAUUAUGAUGAGGAAGACUAUGACCGCCCGAGAGGGCUGGGAAGUACAGCUGUUGCUGAUCCGCCGCCCGCAGCGGUGGACACGACUCUCACCGGCGACGAGGCAUAUCAACGCCGACUUGCAAUGUCCAAGGCCUUCCGACCAGCGGCGUCCCCUGUACCUGCCCCCGUUCCCAAUAUCACGCCAGAGCCACCUGCAUUCACGGCGCCUACCCCGCCCGAACGACCGCCUCCAGAGGACGACGCCAUCCCUGGGCUUUCGGAUGAGGCUUCUUAUGUUAAAAAUGAGGAGGAGGAGGAUACUAUUCCAGGUCUGAAUGCAUCUCGACCUCCACGCUCUCCGUCGCCUCCUGUGUUCGAAUCGCCGGCGUUAGCGUACAACCCUUUCGCCCCGCCCACGUCUGUCCCUCCUCCACCUGGACCACCGUUGCCUGCGGGCCUGUCGGAGGAGAAAGUUCGCAGCAGUCGCGAAGCCGCAGCGGCAAUUGCAGCAAGGCUGAAGGCACUGGCUCCGCCCGCUGGAUCCGCGGAGGCGUCCGGGUCUGCGACGCCACCGGCCGCACCGAGGGAAGACACGCCUCCCAAAAGGCCGGAUCCGCAUGGGUUUGCUGCCCGUCUCAUGGCCAAGUGGGGCCACAAGGAGGGCCAGGGCCUCGGGGCGGACGGCGGUGGGAUCGUGCACGCGCUCACCGUCGAGCAGGUCGCGGGCGGAAAGAGCAAGGGGAAGGGGAAGGAGCUCGGCCCCAAGUCGGUUGCGCAGAUGGGCAAGAUCGUGAACCUGAACGAGGACGCGAAGACGCGCGAGGAUCGCGAGCGGUUCGGCGAGCCGAGCCGCGUGGUCGUCCUCACCAACAUGGUUGGGCUCGAGGAUGUGGAGGACGUGGAGCUGAGAGACGAGAUCGGUGAGUCGUCGCCUGCCCCAGGGUCAGGCGUGGUGGUCUUCCAGUUGCUGACAAGUGUUUAUGGCGUGUCAGGCGACGAGUGCUCGAAGAACGGGACGGUCGAACGUGUCAUUGUCCACCCCGUGUACCCACCUCCGGAGAAUCCGGACGACGCCGUCCGUAUCUUUGUGUUAUUCGCGGGACCUGUGGGGGCGUGGAAGACGGUGAGGGAGCUGGACGGACGUUACUUUGGAGGGCGCAGCGUGAAGGCGCGCUACUUCCCCGAGACGCAGUUCAACAGGUUCGAUUUCGACUCUCCGUUGUGA